AUGCACCAGGGUCGCAGAAAAUCGGCGGGAGCCGUUUCGACACCAAAACCAAGGAAAAAACGAUCGAAGGCAGCGCCGUCAAAGAGAUCUCAGCAGGAAGAAGAGGAUUUGGAAGCGAUGGAUGAUGACAACGACUUGGAGUAUCCAUCAGGAAUCAAUUCAGAAAAAACUGAAAAUCCCGGAGACAUAGAUCAAGAUGAAACUGAAGAAAAGCCGCUUCUGAUACUUGCCCCGCCCCCAAAAAAGAGUAAAAUCAAUACUCCAACGAUCAAAACUGAAAAUCCAAUCGUUCAUGAUUUGAUGCCUUUUCUGGAUCUCUCGACAUUAUUCCCAGUUUCAUCAGCUUCACAAGAAAGAGUUUUCGAUAUGGAAUCGUCUAAUUCUCAAAUCGGAAAUGUCUCAAGUAGUUCAUCGAAUACGAAUAAACCACAAUUUAGUUUCGAUGAAGAUAUCCGUCAGAUUGCCCAUCAAUUGUCUCGUGUUGCCACCGCCCGUCCGGAAUGUCAUGAUGCUCUGCGAGAAGUGAUGUUUGGAACGAUUCUUGCAUUCGGAAAUGGAGGAUUCAAUGGAAAUAUUGGAGAGUUCUUCAAGAAAUUAAGCGAUCGAUACAGUAAUUGA